UCAAUUUUGUUUUAGACAUAGAAACCUCAAACACCAAAAAGUCGACAAAUCACACUCUGAUCUCAUAAACAAAUCGAUCAUCAUCGUCAUGACAGAAUUCUUGGAUUUAGAAACACAAGAUGCAGUAAGGAUGCCAUGGAAUGUAAUCCCUGGAACCAAACAAGAAGCAUCUCAAUCUGUAAUCCCAAUUUCUGCAAUUUACACACCAAUCAAACCCUUACCCAAUUCAACCCCUUUACUUCCCUACUCGCCUCUCCGAUGCCGAAACUGCCGAUCCGUUUUAAACCCAUUUUCCAUCGUCGAUUUCUCUACAAAGCUAUGGAUCUGUUCGUUUUGUCUGAACAGAAACCACUUCCCACCACAUUACCAAUCUAUCUCUGAUGAAAACCUGCCUGCAGAACUAUUCCCGCAAUACACAACAAUCGAAUACGAACCCAACGACACACCGGGUUCGAAUUCCGUUGUUCCCAAUGUGUUUUUUUUCGUGAUUGAUACUUGUAUGAUUGAAGAGGAAAUUGGGUUUUUGAGAUCAGGGAUUGAGAGGGUAAUCGGGGAGAUACCCGGGAAUUCGCUUGUCGGUUUGAUCACUUUUGGGAGAUAUGUUUGUGUACAUGAGUUGGGAUUUUUUGGUAAGAUGAAUAAAGUUUAUGUUUUUAAUGGGGCUAAGGAGAUUACUAAAGAUCAGGUUUUGGAACAAAUGGGUUUCUUUUUGAAGAAACCGAGACCUGCUACCGGAGUUGUUGCAGGCGUUAGAGAUGGGCUUUCGCAAGAAAGUAUUAAUCGGUUUUUGCUUCCAGCUGCAGAUUGUGAAUUUGCGCUUAAUUCGGUAUUGGAUGAGCUUCAAAAAGAUCCCUGGCCAGUUCCUGCUGAUCAAAGGGCACCACGGUCCACGGGCACCGCGUUAACGGUUGCUGCCCAUCUGUUGGGAGUAUGUGUUCCUGGUUCAGGAGCUAGAAUUAUGGCAUUUUUAGGUGGGCCAGCAACUGAAGGGCCAGGUUCUAUUGUAUCUAAAGCAUUGUCUGAACCUAUUCGUUCCCACAAGGAUUUGGAUAAAGAUGCUGCUCCGUUUUUUCACAAAGCAGUGAAGUUAUAUGAAGGGCUCGCAACGCAACUUGUACAUCAAGGACAUGUACUCGAUGUGUUUGCUUGCGCUCUUGAUCAGGUAGGGGUAGCUGAGCUUAAAGUUGCGGUUGAAAAAACGGGAGGACUUGUUGUGCUAGCAGAAAGCUUUGGGCAUUCCGUUUUUAAAGACUCUUUGCUGCGUGUUUUCCAAUCCGGUGACAAUGACCUAGGUCUAUCAUCAAACGGUAUAUUUGAGGUUAACUUCUCAAAGGAUAUCAAAAUUCAGGGGGUUCUUGGUCCAUGUGCGUCACUUGAAAAGAAAGGUCCUUUAUGCUCUGAUACUGUUAUUGGUCAGGGAGGUACUACUGCAUGGAAAAUGUGUGGACUUGACAAGUCUACUUCCUUAUGCUUGAUAUUUGACAUCAUAAAGAAGGAAAAUUCAGAUCCUAUUGGUCAACCGCAGCACAAUCAGUUUUAUUUCCAAUUUUCGACUUAUUAUCAGCAUAGCAAUGGACGUAUGCGGGUUCGAGUCACCUCCCUUUCAAGAAGAUGGGUUACUGGACCUGGAAAUAUACAGGAUCUGAUUGCUGGUUUUGACCAAGAAGCAGCUGCUGUAGUCAUGGGACGCCUAGUUUCUUUUAAAAUGGAGACAGAGACUGAAUUUGAUCCCAUAAGGUGGCUUGAUAAAACAUUGAUACAGUUAUGUUCUCGGUUUGGAGACUAUCAAAAGGAGAAUCCGUCUUCUUUUGUCUUAUCUCCACGGUUGUCAAUAAUUCCUCAGUUUGUGUUCAAUUUGAGGAGAUCUCAGUUUGUUCAGGUUUUUAAUAACAGCCCCGAUGAGACAGCUUAUUUUAGGAUGGUUAUGAACCGAGAAAAUGUUGCAAACUCAGUCGUGAUGAUUCAGCCUUCUUUAAUUUCAUAUGCUUUCAAUUCUGGAGCUGAACCGGCACUUUUAGAUGUGGCUUCUAUUGCUGCUGACAGGAUCCUUCUUCUGGAUUCAUAUUUUACGGUGGUUGUAUUCCAUGGAUCUACUAUUGCCCAGUGGCGGAAAGCUGGGUACCAAAACGAACCUGAACACAAGGUUUUUGCACAGUUGCUGCAAGCUCCUAUUGAUGAGGCCGAAGCUAUAGUAAAGAUGCGAUUUCCCGUACCUCGAUUAGUCAUUUGUGAUCAGCAUGGUUCUCAGGCUCGUUUUCUAUUGGCAAAAUUAAAUCCUUCGGCUACAUAUAAUUCGGAUGCUCCUGCUAUGCCUGGUGGUGAUGUUCUUUUUACAGAUGAUGUUAGCUUUGAGAUCUUUUUAGACCAUCUUCAGCGUUUGGCAGUUCAAUAAGUGAUCUUCCGGCUAUAGAAGAGUAUACACAUAGUUUUCUCCAAAUUUUGUAAGAUUAUCCAAUGAACAAGGUUGUAUAGUAUUGCAUUCCAUCUUUCUUGCAGUAUUGUAAUUUUUACAACAUUCUAAGGGUUGAAGCCUUACUCUCAGUUAUAUUUGAAUUUUUCAGUUUUAGAUCUAUACAUAUUACUGCAGUACAACAAAGUGCAUAACUUAUUCA